UCAACAAAAAUAUCCAUGAAACGACAUCGUUUUCAACCUAUGUUUUUUCCAAAGAAAGACAAACAGAGCAUAAAACCCUAGCUCACCGCGAUCGUGGAAGAUUUCCCUCUCACCGUCGCACCCAAUCGGAGCACACUCUCUGCCGCAGUCACCGUCGCAGAAACACCAUAACUUGCAGAUUUACUCACUAAACUCCAUUAUUCAAGAUGCAGCUGACAAUUGAGUUCGGAGGGGGUUUGGAGCUUCUCUGUGACUCCAAGAAGAUUCACCAUGUUAAUGUUGAAUUUGAACAACAAAAUGAAGAAGACAAGUUAACCAUGAGAGAAUUGCUUUCUUGGGUGCAAACCAACUUGAUUAAGGAGAGACCCGAAAUGUUCAUAAAAGGAGAUACUGUGAGACCUGGAGUUCUCGUCCUUGUGAACGAUUGUGAUUGGGAGCUAAGUGGUCAGCUGAAUACAUCACUGGAAGAGAAAGACGUUGUGGUCUUUAUAUCAACAUUGCAUGGUGGUUAGCAUAUAGGUGAUAAAAUAUUUGAUGAAGUAAUUAUUAUUAUAGUAUAAUAAUGAAUACAAUUGUCGGAGUCAUGGUGAACCUUUCUAAUUAAAAUUUGGCAAUCAAGUUGCUGAGUCAACUUACAAAUGAUAGUAUGUUCUAGUCUAUAGUUUCACUGAUAUCAUAUUUUGCUAUCAUACUUUUAUGGCUUUUGGAGAAAGAUGUAAAAUAAAUUUUAUUGCA